CAAAUCCAAUUGCCAGAGUCAUCUUCUUGGUCAAAAAAUAUCCCGUUCUGUAUUCCGGGACCCCUGGAGAUUGUAUUGCGCUCAGUGUCGGUCACUACCCUUUCUUGCUCUCGCGACUGUCUGUCGUCGUACUCUGCCAUCCCCGCCCCAGAAAAUUCCCUCUCGGUCGUACCCAAGAUUGACGACCGCGCGGAUUCACGUUAAUAGCCACCCCGACUCGAGACUUGUCGUUCACAUCACCGCGCGAAACGGUUUCGACAGACAAGGAAGCCUUCUUGGUGUCCACACUCUCUAUCCAGCCUCUCCACGGCUUCAGCGUCCGCCACUCCUUGGUGUCUAGGCCCUUUGGGCAACGGUGCCCGUCAUGGCGUGGCAACCGGAGGAGGAGGCUUUGAGGCAGCUGUCCGAGUAUUUGAAGAACUCAUUAAGUGGUCAUGACAGAAACAAACAGAAAGAGGCCGAGUUGAUGAUCAUGAACGCCAGGAACAAUAACGAUUAUGUGAAUUACCUGACAUACAUCUUCAGCACACCCCAGUUGGGCCAACAACUGAGUCUCAACGCCCCCAGUCUCUUCCUCAUUCGUUACGCCGCAGCAAUCAACCUCAAGAACCACAUAAAACUCUUCUGCUCAAACAUCCCCAAGGAUCAGUUGGCCUAUAUCAAGGCUGCAACGCUCACAGUCCUCCGAGAUCCCAACCCUCAAUUAAGAAGUUUUGCCGGAACGGUCAUCACUGAAACAGUGACGCAGGGCGGCUUGCUCCAGUGGCCGGAGAUUCUGCAAGAGUUAUUGUCGCUCGUGGGCAAUACUGCUGGAAAUGUAUCGCCCGAGACCCAAGAGGGCGCCAUGUCGGCACUCGCGAAGGUCUGCGAGGACAACAGGAAGCUAUUGGACAAGGAGUUCCAAGGCCAGAGACCAAUGGCCGUCAUUGUGCCCAAAUUACUGGAAUUUGCUACGCACCCGAACCCGAAGAUCAGGGUAUUCGCAUUAACUACGCUGAAGACCUUCAUUCCGCAGAAGUCACAAGUGCUUUUCUCGGCGUUGGAUGUCUAUUUGCAAACCAUUUUCCAGUUAGCUGCAGAUCCGGAUGUGCAGGUCAGGAGGAUUGUUUGUCAGUCGCUUGUCCAGCUCGUCGAAGCUCGCCCGGACACCUUAGCGCCACAUCUCGACGGACUAAUCAAUUACAUUCUCACGCAGCAGCAAUCGUCAGGAAAUCCCGAUCUUGCCCUUGACGCGGCCGAGUUUUGGCUGAGUGUUGGCGAACAAGAGCAACUACGAGACCGAAUGGGUCCUUACCUCGACAAAGUCGUUCCUGUCUUGCUAGCUGGAAUGGUCUACGGAGAGGAUGAAGUCUUCCGCCUCGGAGGUGACGACAAUAACGCCGACGAAGAAGACCGGGCAGAAGAUAUCAAGCCUCAAUUUGCUCAAACCAAGGCAGGAAGAGGUGUAACGUCGGAAAAGGAAGAGACUCCUGGCACCCCGCAAACCAAUGGAACGCCAUCAAAGAAUGACGAUCUCAGCGAUGGGGAAAUCGAGGACGAAGAAGACGACGAGGAAUGGGACGAUGGCGAUCCCGAAAAUGUCUGGAGUCUUCGAAAGUGCUCUGCAGCGGCGCUGGACGUCUUCGCCGUCAAUUAUGGGGCAGCCGUUUUCAACAUCAUCUUGCCGUAUCUGAAGGAAAAUCUCUCGCACAGCCUUUGGCCCAAACGAGAAGCAGCCGUACUCGCUCUUGGUGCCAUUGCAGAAGGCUGCAUGGAUGUUGUGUCGCCUCACCUUCCGGAACUCGUCCCAUUCCUGAUCUCCUUGCUGUCAGAUGAAGAACCUGUCGUCAGGCAAAUCACCUGCUGGUGUCUCGCUCGAUACUCCGAGUGGGCGUCCCGACUAGAUUCACCAGCAGACAAACAAAGAUACUUUGAGCCUAUGAUGGAGGGCCUCCUACAACGCAUGCUGGAUCAGAACAAGAAAGUCCAAGAGGCUGGAGCUAGUUCCUUCGCCAGUCUCGAAGAGAAGUCUGGAGAUAAGCUGAAACCUUAUGUUGAACCCAUUCUGCGCCAGUUCACGGAAUGCUUCAAACGGUACAAGGACAAGAACAUGUACAUCCUCUACGACUGCCUGCAGACGCUGGCCGACAGUGUCGCAUCUGACAUGGCUAAGCCAGAGCUCGUCGACCUUCUCAUGCCGGUCCUUAUCCAGCGAUGGAACAAAAUACAGGACGACUCCAGAGAGAUGUUCCCCUUGCUAGGUUGCCUAGGCUAUAUUGCCAUGGCGUACGGCGACACCUUUGCACAAUUCGCCCCUCCCAUCUUCGACCGCUGCAUAAAGGUCAUCUACUCCAACCUGCAGCAACACAUGGCUUUCUUAUCCGGUCAGACCGUCGACCAACCAGAUAAGGAUUUCAUCGUGACAGCCUUGGACCUCUUAUCGGCCAUCAUCCAAGCCAUAUCUCCGGAGAAGUCGGCGCCGCUCGUCCAGAAUUCUCAACCACAAUUCUUCGACCUCCUCUCGUUCUCAAUGGAGGAUCCAACCACCGACGUUCGUCAGUCCGCGUAUGCCGUGCUUGGCGACUGCGCAAUCGCCCUCUACGACACCUUGGACCCGUACCUGCCCAAACUCCUGCCCACAUUGGUCCGCCAGCUCGAUCUCGACGCAAUGCCUGAUGACGACUCGGAGAACGGGUUUAAUGUGCUCGCCAACGUGUGCUGGUCUAUUGGCGAGAUCUCUGCACGGGCACCGACAUCCCGCUUAUCGCCGGUCAUCGAACCUCUGUACCAGGGUUUGCUCACGAUUAUCAAGAAUGAAGAAGUCCCCGAGCCCGCCAGCGAAAAUGCAGCCGCCGCUCUCGGCCGCCUGGGGCUGGCAUGCCCCAUUCAUCUGGCGCCCUUCCUAGGCGAAUUUGCCGAGCCGUUCCUGACCAGCAUGUCAAAGAUUACGACCUCUCACGAGAAAGCGUCCGCGUUCCUGGGCUUCAACAACGUCAUCGAGCGCAACCCGCAGGCUAUGGAGGCAAGUUUGGCGCUAUAUUUUGCGGCGAUCGCCCAGUUCCCGCAGAAGGGCAAGCAGGGACAAGAAUACAAUGAGGUACGGGCGAGUUUUGCGCGCGUGAUUCAGGGCUAUGUCGGACUCAUCGGGCAGGAGGGGUUUAGUCGGUUUGUCAGUGGAUUGAGUGCGCCUGUCAGGCAGAAGUUGAGAGAGGGGUAUGGCGUCGGGUCGGGUUGACGAAAUAAAAUGGUUGGAAUUCAAACGCACAAAGAAUGAACACACGAUACGAACGAGGAAGAGUAUGGGUCAGAAAAGUCCUUCGAUGGGAGCCAAGGGAUUGUCGACCAGUUUGACAAGAAAGACGCGAGGUGUGAUAUGAGGGGUUUAGGAAACCGAAUGUUCGCUUUACUCUAAAGAAAAGCAGGCGGGCAGGCGCAGGUUAAAGAGCAGUCCAGUCCUCAGGCCCAGGUCCAGGUCCGGUCGGUAUUUGCUUUCAUGUUUGGCGACAGCGAUGGUGGAGUGGAGUGGAGAUUGGUCAAGAUCACCUUUGAGCCAACGACCGACGACCAAUGACCAACGGAACGUCGUCGUUUCGUCCCGACAUGAUACUGGGAUGCAGAGAGGCGCGGGUUCAAAAAUGCUUGUGUGUGCUUGUUUGUUGUGCUUACAGUAUUGCGGCAAGGCCGAUGUGGGCGAAGUGGCAAACAGGCAACGUCCGGGACAGGAAAUGGACAGGCCAAGACCAAAACCAGACCAAGAUCAGACCAGGGCAGCGCAUGGGCAGCGCAUGGGCAGCGAGGUGAACUUCAAUGCUGUACUGUACAGCGCAACGACAAGAAUGAGCAACUGCCGCCUCGUGUUGAUGAUGCCCGCCGCUUGACUUGGCUUGGUUCGGCUGGGGCAUUGGGAAAAGCCGGUGAGGACAGUCAGUGAACCAGUGUUGCUGGCUGCUAUCCUUGGUCGAAUCGAAAUGUUUUUCUUUUCUUUUCAUGAAUGACGACCAAGUGUUUUUUGCGUGCGUGCUAGCGACCACACAAAUGUAAAUAGAUUAGGUAGUUUCUUUCUUUCUUUCUUUCCUAGGUAGCGAGGUAGAUAGCCCCCAGUAGAUUGCAUAGCAUGGCACAGUAUGGCAUAGCAUGGCAUAGCAAGCCCUAGAAAGCGGUGCACAGCGUUUUGAC